AUGAUGCACGAUCCGAAUUUCAAUGGCACUGACGCAGAUGUGAAUGUUUUGUGCGAACACGGCGAGCCGGCCGAGUGCUUUGUUGCAUUUGAAGGGAUGCACACCGGCAGGAGGUUUCUUGGAUGCGCUAAGAAGGAAGGCAUAAACUAUGGAGUAGUUCAAUGGAUUGAUUUUGAAUGGCCAGACUCGAUGGAGAAGGCAUUGGCCAAGUUAUGGGAUAUGUAUGAAGAGAUUAAGUCAGCUAGGACCAAUGACAAUCUAGAGAGUUCCUUUCAGAGGGGUGUGGAGUUGAACAAUCAAAAGGAGCAGAAGGAAUGUCUUGAUGUGAAGAUUGUAGAGCUAGAAACUGUAGUGGGCAACUUGAAGGCAGAGUUGUCAAAGAAAGAGGAGGAGAAGAAGAAACAGCAGAGGGGUGUGGAGUUAAACAAUCAGAAGGAGCAGAAGGAAUAUGUUGAUGUGAAGAUUGCUGAGCUAGAAACUGUAGUGGGCAACUUGAAGGCAGAGCUGUCAAAGAAAGAGGAGGAGAAGAAGAAGCUGCUGCAAAAGUAUGAUACUCUAAAGAACCUGACAGGUGCUCAAGCCAAUGUGAUUAGGAACUUGAAGUUCAAUCAUUUGAAGGAGAAGGAAAGGCUGACAGAAGAGACGCUUAAAUUGCAGCAUCACAUUUCUGAGCUUCAAAAGUCCGAGGACAAGAUAAAGCUGAAGCUUCAGGGGGUGAAGGCCAUCUUAGAUGAGUAG